AAACAUUUCCCAAAUGUAAUAAAAAUAAUUAAGAUUCAUUUUUUAUGUUUAUUGUUUAACUGUUUAAUAGAAUAUUAUGAAUCAUUGUAAAAUCAAUGUUUUUUAAUAUAUACGGCUCUGAUGUAUAUCUAUACUGUCAACCAAUUACAUUUAAAAGUUUGAUAUGUUUCUGGUUGCCACUAACAACGAGAAAAUAAGUAUAUAUUCCUAAGUAAAUCUUUGAUUAAUAAUGCGAUAAAAAGGGUAAUAGGGGGUUAUUAAGAAUCGUUUUGAAAUUUAUUUAUUGAUACUUAUUCGAUUCAUAAUAAUAAGGUGACAAUCACUAUGAGCUCAACUUUUGGCGGCAGUGAUGGCAACAAUAAUUUAAAUGUCAUUAUUUUUGAUGCGUCAAAAAAUGAAAGGAAAAUGAACGAAGAAUUUAAAAUACUCCAAAGGAAGUUGAAAUCAAGAUGGAAAUUCGUCGAAAACAACGAUAUUUUAACAGAGGAAUUAUUAUCGACGUGCAAAAUAUUAGUAUUGCCUGGUCCACAAAAUAAAUUUACAGAAUUAGAAAUAAAUUCUAUUAGAACGUUCUUAAAUUCUGGUGGACAUGUUUUAGUUAUGCUUGGCGAAGGUGGUGAAAAAAAAUCAAAUACUAAUGUAAACUUUUUAUUGGAAGAAUUUGGCAUAAUGGUGAACAAUGAUAGUGUUAUACGCAUGAGUUACAGUCAAACGAUGCAUCCAAAGGAAUGUUUAAUUUCUCAAGGAAUGUCAAAUAAAUCUAUAUUUUUAAGAAAUAGCAAUGAAUACAUAGAUAUGAACUUUUUGUAUCCAUAUGGUGCAACUUUAAAUGUAGUACAGCCAUCAAUAGUUGCGUUAUCAAGUGGAUCACUAGCAAUUCCAACAAAUAGACCUAUUUCUGCUUUUCAUUAUAAUGAACACAAUGGUGGAAAGUUACUUGUUUUAGGUUCUUCAAGAAUGUUAACCGACACAUAUAUUGAAAAAGAAAAAAAUGAUUCAUUAAGACAAAUGAUCUUUGACUUUUUUGAAUCAAAAGAUAUUGUAAUCAAAGAAUCUCAAAUGGAUGAUAUAGAUUUCUGGGAAUAUAAUUUUAUACCAGAUAUAACACAACAAGCUGAUAAUCCAAAAGUAUGCACUCAAGAUAUGGAUAUAAUGGAUAAUCCUCGUGAUUAUACCAAAUUAUUUAAACAUCAUCUUUAUUCAAUAAAUUUAGAUAUGAUACCAGUUUGUAUAAAGGCUUAUGAAGUGCUUGGCGUAAAACAUGAACCGCUUAGUCUAAUUCCACCACAUUUUGAGGCCCCAUUACCAGCCACACAAGCUUCGGUAUUUCCACCAAGUUUCCAAGAAUUACCACCACCAGCUUUGGAAUUAUUUGAUUUAGAUGAAGCUUUCAGUUCUGAUUUAUUGAAAUUAUCACAAUUAACAAAUAAAUAUAUGGCAACAAAAACUUUAUCUAAAGACGUGGAAUUAGAUCAUUACAUUCGUGAAUUUGGAAGUAUUGUUAGAAUAAGUACUUCUGACACCCACACAGCUAAAGAAGUAUUAAAUGCUGUUUUUCAAAGUAUCUGUAGCUACAAAGCUAUGCAUGAAUGAGAAUAUUAGACAAUUGUAUAUAUUGUGUAUUUCUCGUCCUACUUUUAUAAUAUAAAUGUACAGAUAUAUAUACAAUUGAGAGAUUAUUUUUUACUAGUUAAAAUCUUUAAUUAUCUUUAAUUAUAUUUAAUUCUUCCUUAUCGCAAAAUUUAAUUUCAUAAAAGUAAAAAUUAGAGCAAUACAUAUUUAUUGACUUUAUAGCACCUAGCCUCCAACCUAACAUCAAAAAAAAAGGUAUGACUGAAUUUCUUGAUUUAAUCUUUAUGAUUUGACUAUUUAUUCAUAUCUAAUAAUCAUAUUACAUUCCUCGUCAAAAAGAUAACCCAGGUAUGCUAUCUUUAAUUUCACAAUGACAUGUGUAAAGUUUUUCGUCUGUAAUCUAUAACAUCAAAACAUUAUGAGGUUUAAUGUGUAACAAAAACAAUUAUUUUAAGAACUAAAUGAUAACACAUGUACAAUAAGAAAAUAAUAAUCAACAUAAAUUGUAACUAACAACAAUUACUUAUCAAACAUAUAUACUUAUUUAAUAAUGGGUACAUCCCCCUUUAUUUUCUAUUACUUCUAUUAUACGAUUUAGUAUCGAUAUAUAUAGUUUCUGCAUAUAAUUUUGACUCAACGUAUCUCAUUCACGUACAAUUGCA